GGGUUGGAGAAGAAGACGCUUGUUGUUGGUGGUAGUUUUUCAUACAAGUGCCAUUUUGUCUACAUGUCGAGAGCGCCGUGAUUGGAUUUUGUGUGUGGGUAUUGGAGCCAAUCAGAGAAACCGGGCGGCGGACAAACGCAGUAGACUGAAUUGAGGCCUUUCAGAGUUCAUUGACCAUGGAGCAGUACACUACCGCCACCACAUCUACUGGGGAACAGAUAGUGGUUCAGACUGCCGCUGGGCAGAUCCAACAACAGGUGCAGGGGCAGCCUCUGAUGGUGCAGGUGAGCGGUGGUCAGCUCAUCACCUCGUCGGGCCAGCCCAUUAUGGUCAUGGGGGGGCAGGGAGGGCAGGGGCAGACCAUCAUGCAGGUGCCCAUGUCUGGAGCUCAGGGGCUCCAACAGAUCCAGCUGGUGCAGCCAGGUCAGAUCCAGCUCCAGGGGGGACAGACUCUACAGGUACAGGGUCAGCAAGGCCAGACCCAGCAGUUCAUCAUUCAGCAGCCCCAAACUGCUGUGACCGCAGGACAGAACCAGGGCCAGCAGCAGAUUACAUUACAGCCCGGGCAGCAAGUGGCUCAGACUGCAGACGGCCAGACCAUUGUGUACCAGCCAGUCAAUGCUGAUGGGUCCAUUCUACAGCAAGGUAUGAUUACCAUCCCUGCCUCUAGUCUGGCUGGUGCUCAGAUCGUUCAGGCAGGCAACAGCACCAACACAACAAACAGUAGUCAGGGUACAGUGACCGUCACACUGCCUGGCAACAUGGUCAACGCAGGUGGCAUGGUCAUGAUGGUUCCAGGUGGCGGUGGCAGUGUUCCCACCAUGCAGCGUAUCCCCCUGCCGGGGGCGGAGAUGCUGGAGGAGGAGCCUCUGUAUGUCAACGCUAAGCAGUACCACCGCAUCCUGAAGAGACGGCAGGCCCGCGCCAAGCUGGAGGCAGAGGGAAAGAUCCCCAAGGAGAGGAGGAAAUACCUGCACGAGUCUCGUCACAAGCACGCCAUGGCAAGGAAGAGGGGUGAUGGCGGACGCUUUUUCUCGCCGAAGGAGAGGGAGGAGAUGGCUCUGGCCAUGCAGGUGAGGAGGGCUCAGGGUGCCCUCAAACAAGAGGAUGUGUUUGGAGGUGUUGAACUCAACUCUAAUUGGCAACCUACUUCUGUUGCCUCCCUCAGCUAACCAACAAGUAGCAGCCAUUUCCACCCCUCACUCUGUCACAUGUCUACCGCAGCCACUCAUUUCCCCUGCACUCUUAAAAUGGUCAUCAUUGCUAUCUUUGUAUGUUUUUAUUACAUUGGUUACCUUAUAGUUUUGUAUCAAAGAAUAGUAUAGUUUUUUACAAGUUAUGUUUUUUGAGUAUAUAGACAGGGGUGCUUUUAGAUGCGGGCAUAUUUUUUUGUGUACCUUCUGUUGUUCUUUUGAUGUAUUCCAGCCACUUGAUCCCUAACCAUGUCUCUGGCAAACCACACGGAGUUCAAAAGCUCGUUCUUUCACAUAGAGCUGUACAUACUGACCACAGGAGGCUGCUGAGGGGAGAACACAUCAUAAUAAUAUCCAGAACAGAAACAGAGCAGAUUUGUUACCAUUCCAAUUAUUCUGCUCCGGUCAUUAUCACGAGCCCAUCCGCCCCAUUUAAGGUGCCACCAACCUCCUUUGAUACUGACUCAGUAAAAUGUUCUCCAAUGUCAUUUGAAAUGUGUCUUGGCUUUGUUUGAGCUCUUGUUGCAAGCUGAAGAAUGUUGGAAUGUUAAUGUUGCUGUUUUUGUCCAGUGUUGCUUCCUUGCUGUUGUGUUUCCUUGUUAAACUUGUACCAUGUUGUAGUGUAAACAUCUCUGCUAACACCUGUGUUCAUUUAACAGCUGCAGGGCUAGGAUGGGAGUGGUGUAAAGGUACUGUAUGAAUUUAACACAAGAUCACUAUAAAACAAAUAUUUACUUUCCUAACCUUUGUCAAUGCUGCUUCAUAUUAUGAAUGUCUUGGGUCAGACCCACCCCUCAAUGUAGGUUGAUUUAUCCUAAUGUUAAAUAUUAAACAUGGUGCCAUCCUUGGAGAAAGAGCAAUAAACACCAAUGCUGAACAUACAGUAAUUAUACACACAUUAAGCCUGAAUUUGCAGUAGUUUUAUUUAUGCCCACGCAAGGUUUAUUGAGAAGUUGGUAAUGGCGAACCACAUGUAACAGAUUAAGAAUGAGGCUGUGUGUGUUUUCUGUGUAUAAUGUUUGUUUAUGAUUUCUGUUUUCUAUUAGUUUUUAUGAUUGCUGACAUUUUUCUGCAACUGCCACCUGUCUCAUUGCCCAUCAUUCACAUUUGUGACGUGUGUGUGUAUACAAAUAAACAUGUCUCUUUCUGUUGGUAUUGUUUUUAAUAUGAAUAAAGACUUGGCUUUCAAUCUUUUCUAUUUUUGUUUUACAUUAUGAAAAAUCUGUGUCCACUAAACUAAAAAUACUAUUCAAAACAAUUAAGAUGUUUGAAAAUGAUGGAUUUGAUAAAUCAAUAAAAUAUUUACCAGUUUCUUGUAAUGGCACAUAAAUGAAUCCCUAUCUAAUACAUUCAGCUGUGUAGCUCCUUUUGGUAUGAUGGAAAAAUGCAUUUUGACCAAUAACAUAGUAUCCCCUCCCAGACCAAAUCCUAACAAAAACAUGAGUGAGCAUUUAGAUUAAGGUAUAGUCUGAUUGAAAUCUAACCCCCAGACUGGAUUAUACUUUGACACUUUAGCUGCUUAUACCUGGGAGAGAUUCAUGUUGUUGUGGCAUGGUCAUUACGCAGGCUGACCAACCGCUCCUCUUCCUCCAGGUACAGGCGGCCCAACCACAUGCUAGAGAAGAGGCAGUCGGGCAGGUGAUCCGUGUGUCAUAACCUCUAGAAGACCUGUGAGGUGUGUGUGUGCUCAUGUGUUUGUCUCUGUGAGAAUGCUUGCGGAGGAGUUGAGAUCAGAUGUCCCACACAUCAAUCAACCAGUGCUUUCCAACCAGUCCCAAGCUGCCCAAGUCCCCUGUCUGGUAGAGAGCAGGACAGACUGGGUGAAGAGAUUGCUAGUACACAGAGAUACUGCACAUACAGAUAUACUGUAACCAUGUUAACACUGGAGAACAGAUUCUACAAGAAAGUUUCUUCCAAAGCAACCUUGACUUGUUUCAUGUCAGUUACUUUUAUCUCUGGAUGUGCCACAAGAACUUGAUCAAUAAACACACCAUCCUAUAGGCCACAAGUCCAAAGUGGUUGUUAUGAUAGCCCUCUUCCUUUCCUGAUGCUCUUCAAAAAUAUGAAAUAGUUUUUCUUUUGUACAGAUAAGUUGUGUCCUCUGGUUCAUGAUAUGUAACUAUCAUCACUUAUUUUAAGACUUUUCAUACUUUAAAAAAAUGAUUUCCUGGUUAUUCUAUUUGAAAGGAGCAAUAAUCAAAUGCCUAAUUACCUGCAUCAGUUUUUUAUAUUGUGUUGUAACAGUCUUGUAAGAGUGUAGGUGCUUUUUUAAAGCGUUUUAGCAACUUUGUUAUUGCAUAAAUAAAAGGAAACAGCAUUA